AUGCAGAGGAUUGAUACUCUGCCGGAGAGCCACCGAGAUACCUUUCGCAGGGCACUAACAAACAUAUUAUCAACUGAUGUCGCCGAGCACGCCUAUGCCCAGAUCCUCGACGGACUGCCAACAGAGCAAUCAUUCCUCGAGGGUUAUGUCCGCCUUGACACAACCCAUCCCGUCUUUGAGUUGGGCCACACGGAAAUAUGUGAAGGGUUCCUUGAUAAAGCUCGGGAGUUCAGAGACCGAUUCGACCCUUGCGAGCUAGUAUUUAAAGAAAAUAUCGCCGCCUAUCUCUUCGAGCUAGACGAUGGUGCCCACAAACACGAGGUGUAUGACAACUGGAUGCAGCAGCAGCUUAUGGAGUCAAUUUUGCAGUCAAGGCCUGGAAAGGCCAGGAGCAUGUACAGCAUCCCGCCAGCUGCCUUCUUUCACCCAUCAUAUGUGUAUCCAGAACAGUACCCUCGAGGCAUCGCCGACGUUGCCGGCUAUUGGGCAGAGGGCAUGAUCUUUGGGGGCGUGGUGGUGUUUGACCGCGGCGAGACUGAACAAGAGUGCAAGGCCAUGUGGAUUCAUGGGUUCCGUUUCCGGGGUCCUUCAACACUCUACCCGCCUACCCAAGACCAGUUUGAUUCCCUCGUCAAGUUCCUUCUCGUCAGUCCAGGAGAAGAAACGCCAUGUCCCCUGCCUAUACACGGCACGCCAGAAAACCGUCCUCGCUGGCAUCCAUACCACGCCCUUGCCAAGUACCACAUCUUUCGCGACAACGACUACUAUAUCGCCUUCUACACUGACAUGCUGAGAAACAAUGGGGCGACCUUGACUGACCAGGAUAUUGCUGAUGCCCGAGCACGACUUGCCGAAGCGACGCCUUCGUCACCUUUCUUUUACCCUUUAGUUUCUGACUAG